AUGCGGUUUCUUUCAACCAUUCUCUUCGCUGCAUCAUCACUUGCUACUAUAGCAAAUGCAUAUGACGACCCAUUAAUACACCUCGACUAUGGCUCCUUCCAGGGCAAAUACGACAGUACCUAUAACCUCUCAUAUUUCCGAAAGAUCCCCUUCGCUGCACCUCCCACGGGCGAAAAUCGGUUUCGCGCUCCUCAGCCACCACUGAAAAUUACAAAUGGCACGUACGACACUGAUCAAACCUUCGACAUGUGUGCCCAGCGCACGGUCAAUGGCACGGAGGAUUGUCUAUACCUAGGUCUCUUCUCUAGACCGUGGGAUACGUCCAAGGAUAUUCGCAGACCGGUACUAGUCGUGUUCUACGGCGGUGCAUUUAUCCAGGGUGAUGCCGCGUUUACUAUGCCGCCGUCUUCAUUCCCAAUUCUGAAUGUUAGCACGUUGAAUGACUACGUCGUGAUAUACCCGAACUACCGACUAAACGCGUUCGGUUUCCUGCCAGGAAAAGCGAUCAAAGAGUCUUCUACAUCGGAUCUCAAUCCUGGAUUGCUGGAUCAGCAGUAUGUCCUAAAAUGGGUCCAGAAUAAUAUCCACCAUUUUGGCGGUGAUGCUCGCAAUGUCUCUAUUUGGGGCCAAUCGGCCGGUGCGGGAUCCGUCGUGGCACAGGUCCUUGCCAACGGACGAAAUGGAAAUCCAAAGCUCUUUUCAAAGGCUCUUGCUAGUUCACCUUUCUGGCCGAAGACAUAUGCUUAUAAUGCACCCGAGGCGGAAGCUAUCUACAACCAGCUUGCGAAUUUGACCGGCUGUGCUGAAAAGGGUCACGACAAAGAGGUUCUGGCAUGUCUGAAAUCAGUCGAUGUACAGACUAUCCGUGAUGCUAGCUUGAUCAUUGAUGCAGAGCAUACGUGGACGACUAGCUCGUAUACAUGGGCUCCCGUCAUUGAUGGCGAUUGCCUGGCCGAUACGUUGACUGAUGCUGUUAGCAGCGGCACGUUGAACACGGAGUUUGUGUGGGGAAUGUACAACACCCAUGAGGGACAGAACUUUGUUCCAUCGGGUUUACAAAAUGCUGCCCUUACUAGUGGGUAUAAUUCUUCCAUUGCGAGCUUCCACCAGUGGGUUACGGGUUUCUUGCCUGGAUUGUCUGCGAAGCAGAUCGAUUUAGUUGAGAAUGUGUAUUACCCGGUGGAUGGGAGCACGGAGACAAUCGACGAGUAUAAUACGACGUACGUUCGCGCGGGACUAAUUUACAGAGAUGUGGUUCUUGCGUGCCCGGCCUAUUGGGUUGCAUCGGAUGCGCAGAGGAAAGGGUAUGUUGGUGAAUAUACUAUUUCGCCAGCGACUCAUGGCAGCGAUACCAUCUACUGGAAUAAAAUUAAUGCGGUGCAAACAACGAAUCCGGUCGUCUACCAAGGAUAUGCCGGUGCCUUUGCAAGCUUCUUCCAGACGGGGGACCCGAAUGCGCAUAAAUUGACCAACUCUUCGGAACCGGGCGUUCCAGAGGUGCAAAGUACCGGGGAAGAAUUUGUUAUUGUGGACCAUGGAUUUGAGAAUGUUCGCCUUGAACAGCUAAAGAAGCGGUGCGAAUUUUGGCGAAGUCUGGGGAAGAAAAUUCCUAUUUAG